AAAUAUUUUAAAUGGCAACAAAACCCGAGGUCGCUGCAGUACAGCCAACAAUCAAGCCUGUUAGAACCACAAAGGAUACCGUCGUUGGUUUUGCCAUUGGAGGAUUAGCAGCAUGUGGAGCAGUGACAUUUACUAAUCCCUGGGAGGUGGUCAAGACAAGACUGCAGUUACAGGGUGAGCUGGUCCGUGCAGGUACCCUGUCAGAGGCUUCGAGACCUUAUCACAACAGUUUCCAGGCCCUCAAGCUGGUCUUUCAAAAGGAAGGUAUUCGAGGCUGCCAGCGUGGUUUGGGUGUGGCCUAUGUCUAUCAGGUCUGCCUGAACGGAAGUCGGUUGGGACUUUAUGAGCCAGUCUACACCUCGACAGUCAAUGCACUUGGGUUGAAAUCGGAUCAUGCCCUGGUUGGUGCAGGUGUGUUUGCAGGCGCAACUGCAGGAGUCAUUGGUGCAAUUCUUGGAUCGCCCCUUUAUCUCAUCAAGACCAGAAGACAAUCUUACUCGCCCGUGUUCCGCCAGAUCGGAUUCCAACACCAGAUGGGAUCAUCGGUCGGUGCUCUGGCCGAGAUCUGGAAAAAGGAGGGUAUCAGAGGACUCUAUCGUGGUGCUGAUGCCGCAAUGGCCCGUGCUGGUGUCGGUUCGGCCGUCCAGAUGCCUUCAUACAUGUUUGGAAAGCAGUUGUUGAUCGACCGCUUCCAUUGUGCAGACAGCAUCGGCACACACUUUGGUGCAUCGAUGUUCACAGGUGUCCUGGCCUGUCUGUCGAUGAAUCCUUUUGAUGUCAUCUCAACCCGCAUGUAUAACCAGGGCGUAGAUCCCGCAACCGGAAAGGGUCUCCUCUACAAGAACCCUGUCGACUGUCUACUCAAGAUUGUUUCUACAGAAGGUGUCGGUGGUCUCUACAAGGGUUUCUUUGCCCACUUUUUACGCAUUGGCCCACACACAAUGCUUAUGUUCAUCUUCAUGGAGCAGUUAAAGACAGUUUACGCAAAACAUUUCUAG